ACAGAUUUGCCGUACCAUUCAGUCUCAGCCAGAGCUCCGUUGGCUGAACAACAAAAUCAAAAUUUAUAUUUUUUUACAAGUUUUUCCAUAAAAAGAAGUGCAUCCGUUUUCUAAGCAAGAAAGACGAAAAAUGACCAUAAUGGCUAUAUCAAACGACACAUUUGAAAAUGAACAGCAGGUGGCGGUAAGGCAAGAAGCACCCAAUGCCAUUGGUAACAUCCCGGAUGUGGUGGAGUCGGCUUCCCGCCCACAAAAAUACACGUUCCAUGAGAUCUAUCAGAUGAUUACAGCCCUCACCUGGCCCCGAAUUCUGUUUGAUUUGCUCGUGCGCCACGAGUGGAACUCCAUCUUUUUGAGCCUAGGCUUUCUUAUCCUCAAUGCCUUCGAGGUCCUUCAAAGCUUCAAUCUGUUGCAACAGCUGGCUGUAGUCGGCAUGAUGAUCCUGAGCAACAUAAUGAUCUACAAGGCCAUCCGGCCGUAUGUGCGAUUCCAUCUUUACGAGCGUCUGAUCCGCGCCGAUUUCAAUGUGCACAUCACCCAGGAAAUGGUUGUGCGCGUGGUCAACUGUGUAAAUCGCUGCUUGGUCACGCUGCAUUGCAUCCUCUUUCAAACUGAAAUCUUCGAGCUCUUUUUGAUGAUGCUUGCCCUGGAGGCAGUGCGUAACAUCAUCUGGUAUACUAACAUCUUCUUGCUAAUUAGGAUCGUCUUAUGUGUGACGUUGUUUUUUCCAAGGCUUUUCGAUAAUGAUAUUGAUAAUGCGUCGAGCAGAGCCUAUUAUCAGAUAUGUGUGCUGCAGAUCGUUGACAAGCUUGAGGAGAUAGGCGUGGAGGUGCAUCUAGGCAUCAUUGAGCGCUGGAAGCAGGAAGUGGAUGCCAUGAGGGAGUUGUAUUACGAGAUUGAGGACUGGCCAAACCAAGAGUAGUUUCAUGAUGAUAUCGAGAUCUAGUAAAAUAUAUGGCUUCGCCGAGGAUAAUAGCCCAUUAUGGCAGUUAUGGAUAACUUUUGUAUUUAACUUCUUAAUUGUUUCCAUACACUCCAUACAACUACAAUGCCAAAUUCGCACAAUCUACCUAUCAAAAACAUCAAAUUACACCUUACACUUUAAAUUUGUCCUUGCUUUAUUUCAUUUAAAUUAAAUUAUGUACACUGCACACUG